AUGUGGAAGUUGUGGACCAUAAACAUACCUGAUAGCAAUGAAAGUUGUAGAACGGAAGCAGAUUACUGGGUUACAUAUGUAGAUAGUGAAAAUCAGGGGUUACGGCGACCCCACAAACCAUCCCUCCCUUUCGCACACAAAUCCCAAAGAGGCGGCAGCCUUUCCUCGGGCCAAGUCGUGCAGGCCCGAUACCGGCCGUUGGUCGAGAAGCAGCUCGAGAAACUGGACUCGGGACGCGUCCAGGGUAACACAAGCGACACACCCCCACGCUUGAAAAAAGUCUCACACGAGCGCUUGGAUUUUUUGGGCUGUUUGGAUGUGCUGAUGGCCCACAGAUACACGCGCGAAUCCUCCCCAGCCGACACUAUAUGCCUCCCGCUUGAAGUCAAGGAGGCUGACAGCUGGCAGCCUGACUUGGGGAGACCUCACGAGCUCAUCGCCUGUGUAAAGAAAGAAAUCCUCACUAAGUUUCUACGAUUAUGCACAUAA